CGCAAUAGAAACAGUGAGAAGCCCCAAAACCUCCAAACAAGAGGAGCAAGAAGAGAGAGAGAGACAGCUGCAAAACAUGAUGAGAAAAAACAUGGCGGUGGAAGAGACGGUGAAAUCUGCGGCGGCGGUGGCGGCGGCGGCUGCAAGCGCCGACGACCCGAGGAAUCCCGCCACCGCGAACCCCAACCCUAAUUCGAAGGGCGUUUCGGGUAACGGCGACCCGGAGCUGGAAGAGGGAGAGAUUGUGGGCGAAGACGAUUCGGCCGAGCAGUCGGCGAGAGGGGAGCCAAAAGCGGACCAGCCGCACCCGCUCGAGCACUCGUGGACUUUCUGGUUCGAUAACCCUACCUUGAGAUCGAAGCAGACCGCCUGGGGUGACUCCAUGCGCCCGAUCUAUACCUUCUCUACCGUCGAGGAAUUCUGGAGUCUGUACAAUAACAUACAUCAUCCAAGCAAAUUAGCUGUUCAAGCAGACCUUUAUUGCUUUAAAGACAAAAUUGAGCCAAAAUGGGAGGACCCUGUUUGUGCUAAUGGAGGGAAGUGGACUGUGAGCUUCAACAGAGGGAAAUCUGAUACCUGUUGGCUGUACACGUUGCUGGCAAUGAUUGGAGAACAAUUUGAUCAUGGAGAUGAAAUAUGUGGAGCCGUUGUCAAUGUCAGAAGAGGGCAGGAGAAAAUAUCUCUGUGGACGAAGAAUGCUGCAAAUGAAGUUGCACAGGUGAGCAUAGGGAAGCAAUGGAAGGAGUUUCUGGAUUACAAUGAGAAUAUUGGGUUCAUAUUUCAUGAGGAUGCAAAGAGUAAAGGUGCUAAGAAUCGCUACAACACAUGAGUUUUUGCAUCUUCUAUUUAGCUCAAGAUGGUGAAGUUUCUUCAUCCAUAAUCAUGCUCAAUGUCAAGUUAUGAUCUCAAUUAUUUGGACGGCUUUGUAUGUUGAACUGCAAAGUAGUUCAAGCAGUGUAAAAAUAGAUGAGUUUGGCAUGUCAAGAAAGGUUUUUUUACAGGGGAUAUUUAUGAUGAAGAUUAACUGCAAGUUGCCCUUUCAAUGUGUGAUUUGGUUCUCGCUUUUCUAAUA